AUGGCGAACCCCCGCGUUGAGGAGCUUCCCGAUGAGGAGCCUAAGAAGGUCACCGUCGAGGAGCACGACGACGACAGCAGCUCCGACUCCGAGAUCGAGGCUGGGGACGCCAGCCUUCCCGCGGGCUCGACUGCCGUGAUCCACAACCGCAACGAGAAGAAGGCCCGCAAGGCCAUCGAGAAGCUGCACCUCCAGCGUGUCGAGGGUAUCACCCGUGUGACCCUCCGCCGACCGAAGAACAUCCUCUUCGUCAUCAACCAGCCCGAGGUCUACAAGUCCCCCAAUAGCAACACCUACAUCGUCUUCGGUGAGGCCAAGAUUGAGGACCUGAACGCCACUGCCCAAGCCGCUGCUGCUCAGCAGCUCGCCAGCCAGGAGCACGACCACGCCGGCCACAGCCACGGCGAGGGUGAGCACAAGGAGGGCGGUGAGGACAAGAAGGACGACGACGAUGAUGACGAGGAGGUCGACGCCGAGGGCAUUGAGGACAAGGAUAUCGAGCUGGUUAUGACCCAGGCCGGUGUGUCCCGCAAGAAGGCGAUCAAAGCCCUGAAAGAGAACGACAAUGAUAUUGUCAACUCAAUCAUGGCGCUGAGCGUCUAG